GGUUUGGAAUAUCUGCACUCGUCUCCGAUCGGCUUCCACGGUUCCCUUACACCAUGGGCAUGCCUCAUUGAUCGAAACUGGAUGAUAAAACUGACGGAUUUCGGAAUCGCAGAUUCUUUGGAACGAUGGGAAAAACAGGGUUUGAUUGCUACGGAAACCCUGAAGGAAGGUGAAGACGAGUGGAAGAGUGGUUCGAUACAAAAAACAAGUAUACUAUAUCAGCCACCUGAGAAACUACAAAAUCGUGAGGAAAAUCGAGUGCGGCGAGCUGAUCAGUCUUGGGUGAAGCAGACACAAGCCAGGCGUCAAAUGGGUGAUAUCUAUGCGUUCGGAAUGGUCAUGUACGAAAUUCUAUUCCGAGCACUGCCAUUCCCAAGUACUGCUGACAUUGAUGAGAUUCUCGAAUACAUUCGCGAUGGCAAGCGAUCAUAUCGCCCGACCAUUCAGCAGAAGUCCGAGAUUCAUCCUGAUCUUGCCGCCCUUCUUCUGGACUGUUGGCAUGAAAAUCCGGAAGCACGUCCAUCGAUUCGACGAGUUCGACUGAACACUGAAAGCUAUUUGAAAGUAAGAGGCUCUCUUGUCGACCAAAUGAUGCGGAUGAUGGAACAGUACGCCAACAAUCUGGAGAAACUCGUCCAAGAACGUACUGGAAUGUUAGAAGAAGCGAAUGUACGAGCCGAUAAACUUCUCUCUCAACUACUUCCGAAAUACGUGGCAAAUGAAUUGAAACUUGGUCGACCGGUACCUCCAAAAAUGUUCGCGUCAGCAACCGUAUUUUUCAGUGAUAUUGUUGGUUUCACCACGAUAUGCUCAUCGUCAUCGCCAUUAGAAGUGGUCAAUAUGCUCAAUGGGAUCUACACUAAAUUUGAUGACAUCAUUAAUAAAAAUUCAUCGUAUAAGGUAGAAACGAUUGGUGAUGCAUACAUGGUUGUGUCAGGAAUUCCUGAAGAAAAUGGUACCAGACAUAUCAUGCACAUUGCUGACAUCGCCCUAGAAGUGAUGGAGGUGCUUAAAACGUACGUCAUCCCACACAAACGCACUACACGUCUACGUAUCCGUGUUGGCUUCCAUUGUGGUUCUGUGGCGGCCGGUGUGGUUGGCCUCACAGCUCCGAGAUACUGUCUCUUUGGUGAUACGGUGAAUAUGGCGUCCCGAAUGGAAUCAACAGGUGAACCGGAAAAGAUUCAAAUGUCCCAAAACGCAAAUGAUAUGCUGGGCAAGUACUAUCCAGAAUAUAAAACUGAACACAGAGGAACAGUUGAAGUGAAGGGCAAAGGACCAUGUAAUACCUACUGGUUGUUGGGAAAGGAGUUGAACCAAAGCGCCACGAUGAAUCAGGAAGAAGUUCAGCAGCAACUUGAUUCCAUGGCCACUCUUGGCAUGUCAUCGUAG